AAUCAGCCGACGGCUCCGACUGUCUUACCAGACACAUGGCUGGAGUUUCUUCAGAGGCGAAAGUGAGCAGAAGCGGAAAAGAGAACGAGAAGAGAAGGAGAGGCGAGAGGUUGUGAGAAACGCUUCUUAGAAGAGAAAAGCAGACACUUGAGGGGGGGAGAGAGAAGAGUUUCACAUGAAACAUGGCCUCAGUCAAAGAGGAUGACAUGGAUCCACGACUGGCAUGCAUUAAACAAGAGGUCUGUGCACCGGAAGAGUUGUGUGUAAAGCUGGAGGAAGGUGAAGGAAGAAUUUCAGCUUUUAAAGAGGAGGAGUGCAAGGAGGAGACUGUUGAGAUAAAAGUGGAGGACUUCUCUUUGAGUCUUGAGUUGCAAAAGCAUGAAACUAGGAACAUUUUUAAGCAAGAGGAUUAUGAAGAAUCUCAUUCCAAUUCUCAGCCCAGGGUCACUUAUACGGGACAACUGGGUACCCAACAGAUUUCUAUAGCGAUAAAAUCUGAGUUUUUAGAGUUUGAAGAAAACAGGAGAGCAGGAGAAGAGCAGCAGUCAUCUGGGAGCCUGGAAAUAAAUUUCCAGAAGAAUGGCAUCUGCUCCCCAGUUUCAUUUGCUCAGACCUCUCUUCAGGAGAGACUGCAGCAGAAACAGGACAAGAAGAAGAAGACAUCAACAAGAAAAAAAGAGAAUUUGACAGCUGACUCUUUGCUGCGUAACCCUCUUCCCAUCAACACUGAUCAACAAGUGCAUAAACAUGUCAGAAUCCACACCGGAGACAAGUCUUACUCUUGUUUUGAAUGUGGCAAACGAUUCUCACACGUACACAAUCUUCACACCCACACAAGAAUCCACACUGGAGAAAAACCUUUUGUCUGUUCUGAAUGUGGCAAAAGAUUCUCCUAUAACAGCAGUUUUCAGAAACACACGAGAAUUCACACUGGGGAGAAACCUCAUUGCUGUUCUGAAUGUGGCAAAAGAUUUUCCCAAAGUAGCGAUCUUCAGAAACAUUCAAAAAUUCACACUGGAGAGAAGCCAUUUUAUUGCACUGAAUGUGGGAAAAGAUUCUUACAAUUGUGCAAUCUUCAACGCCACAUCAGAAUUCACACCGGAGAGAAACCUUUUUGCUGUACUGAAUGUGGCAAACAAUUCUUUCAAUUCAUUCAUCUGCAGAGCCACCUUAGAAUUCACACUGGAGAAAAACCGCACUGUUGUUUGGAAUGUGGCAAACAGUUUUCAUACAGCAGUAGUCUUCGUAAACAUGCCGGAAUUCAUACCGGAGAGAAACCUCAUUCCUGUUCCGAAUGUGGUAAAAGAUUCUUACAAUUGUGCCAACUUCAACGACACAACAGAAUUCAUACUGGAGAGAAACCCCAUUGCUGUCCACAAUGUGGGAAACGAUUCUCACAAAUAAAUGGUCUUCAGAGCCACACAAGGACCCACACUGGAGAAAAACCGUAUUGCUGUUCUGCAUGUGGCAGGCACUUUUCUGAUAGUAGCAGUCUCCAAAGACAUACAAGAAUUCACACUGGAGAAAAGCCCUAUAGCUGCUCUGAAUGUGGCAAAAGAUUUUCUGACAGCGGUACUCUUCUGCAGCACACACGCAGCCACACUGGAUAUAGACCCUAUUGCUGCUCUGAUUGUGGCAAAGGAUUUUCACGAAUUAGAAGCCUUCACAACCACUCAAAAAGCCACACUGAAGAGAGAGGUCAUUCUUGAUCUGACUGUGGGAAAAGAUUCUUAUAAAUACAGUAUGCCAUCUUCAAUAGCACAUCAGAAUCCAUACUGCAGCGAAACUGUAUUGUUGUCCUGAAUGUGGUAAACCAUUCACAGACAGCAGUGGCAUUCAUACCCAGAAAUAACUUUAUACUGGUUAAAAACCUCAUAAUUGUUCAGAUGGUGGGAAGAAUUUCUCAGAGAACAGCAUUCUUAACAGCCACUUAAGAAUUCAAACAAAAUAUUAAAGAAUGUCAUGGGAUGCAAACUGAAAUACGACACAUGUGGAAUGAAAUCGCUGAAAUUAUGCCAGUGUGUUUGGGAAUCAUUAAGGUUUAUCACAUUGAAAAUCCAUGCUCAUCUAGAAGUCCUGAAAGUUUCUACCAAUGUCUAUGAAAACAGGAAGUAGUGCUGGGGAUAAUGCAAACAUUACAGUCGUGGACAAAAGUUCUGAGAAUAACCCCCCACAGCUGGUG